GCAUUGGAUCCCUCAAAAUUUGACAACGUUUUUGGUUGUUGUCCAAGUUCCGGUGAUGAGUUUUUGGUGUAGCAAUAGCCACUACAUUUCUGUACCACUUCACACUGACCAAAAGACAGCUCCGGUACACUUCAGCACCUUGGUGGCAGCCUCCUGAUAACAUCGGCCAUGCAUCUGAUGUGGCACAAAGUUGUGGCACAAUCUCUUUUCCUUUAAGCAUGAAAGAAUGUUUGUGCACAUUGGAGAUGCAGUUCUGUUGGCUGAAUGGCUGUUGCCUGGGCGAUGCUUAUGACCAAACAUUUGUCACAGAAGCUUGCAAGCCAAUGAGCUCUGGAACCUGCAUCUUGGAGGAAACCUGGCAGAUGGCCUCACAAAGGGAAAGAAGCUAUGAAGAGUGCUUUUUAAAGCCCCUUCUAAGGUUGUAAAUAGUGAACUCAAACAGUGAAGAUACUGAUAUGGAAGAUAAAAAUGGAGAUCUGGAAGCCAUCAAGGAGAAAGCACUCUCGAUUGUUGAUGAUGUGAUUAAAGGGGCAGCGGACACUGUUAGAGGCUUGCAAAAGAAAGAAGAAGAAAAAGUUGCAGGAGCCAAGUAUGAAGUACCAAAUAUUAAAUGGAUGCAGUGCAAAGACUUCACUAUAGGAAAAGGGCUACUGGAGAUCGAGGAAUAUAUGAGAACAUGGGAGCUUCAUGAAAGCUGGCUUCACUGGACAAACUAUCUGAAUGAUGAAGAACUAAAGUACAGUACAAGAUACUAUUACCGGGUUCGAUGGAGCAUCCCCACUUGUCGGAAGCCCAUCCCACGAGCAACAGCAUGCGUCUAUUUCAUCCUAGAGAUUUCCAAAGUCAGGCCCUCGACAUUACCCAUCGAAGUAUACUUUAUAGUGGAGACAAAUAAGCUUAUUCACAGGCCGGGAGAGUCUCGGUUUAAAGAAAAAUGGCUGAAAGAUGUAAUUGAAAGCAAAAUUACCAUGAUGGAGACAAUCUACUUUUAAUUCCUUUAGAACUGAUGUCAACUGAAAGCUCUUCUUUAUGUAUGUUUUCUGCUCUUCUUUUUGUAAAUAAAAGUUGCAUUUCUGUGUAGGUGAGCACAUUGCGA